AUGUUCGAUGAGAUUCGAUACGAACUCGACGGUGUAGAAAUUGAUCGCAACAGAAAUGUUGGAAUAACCAGCACACUGAAAAACUAUGCAACGGUGUCGUCAGACAAAAACGUGAUUCUGAGAAACGCCGGAUGGAUUUCGGGUUGGGACGUGAAUGGAUACUUUAAUUUUUGCGUACCACUCAACAUGUUGUUGGGGUUUUGCGAGGAUUACAGACGCGUGGUGAUCAACGCUCGUCACGAGUUAAUUUUAAUACGCGCGCGUAACGAUAACAACAGUCUGAUGGGAAGUUCGGAGUUGGAACCCACGAUUGAUAUAUUCAAGAUACAAUGGCGCAUGCCUCACGUACUGCUGAAUGAGAUACAUAAGUUGUUGAUGCUGCGUACUCUGGAGAGCGGACGGUACCUGAGCAUGGCUUUUCGUUCAUGGGAUCUGUACAAGUUUCCACUAUUGCAGGAAACAACUAAGCAUUCGUGGGCCAUCAAGACCGCUACUCAGCUCGAGAAACCACGAUAUGUUAUCUUUGCUCUGCAGACGGGUCGAAAGAACAUUGUGUCCGAGGAUCCAAGCCGAUUCGAUCAUUGCAAAUUGACAAACGUGAAACUGUAUCUGAACUCGGAAUGUUAUCCAUACGACGAUAUGAACUUGGAUUUCGAUAAAAAUAAAUGGGCGAUUCUGUAUGACAUGUACGCGCGUUUCUGCAAGGGUUAUUAUGGAUACGAGUAUCUCGAGCCGAACCUCACCACUUCAACUUUUCUACUUAACGGUCCAUUCGUAAUCAUCGAUUGCUCUCGACAGAACGAAUCGGUCAAGAGCGCAACCGCGGACGUGCGCAUAGAAUUUGAAUGCAAAGAGAAUGUGUCGACGAAUACCACCGCGUACUGCCUCAUCAUACACGACCGCGUGGUUCAGUACAACCCGUUGACAAACGUUGUGCGCAAAAUCACCUAA